UUAGAGUUUUUGACGCCGAUCUGCUAAAACUUCUCCUUCAGCGAAGAAUCCUGCUAUGGUGGUUGAGAUUGGCAAGGAACGUAAACAGAGUAUCACGGCUGCUGUUACCACCCAAAGAUUCGCCAAUAUCUCUACACCAGAAAGCAACGAUGGUUCAUUGACAAUGAAUAAUAUUGCAGCUACUACUGAUCAGUGGUUUUCUGCAGAUAUCGAUGAUGAGUCAAACAAUUUCAACAGCAACAGCAAGAUUCAAGAUGUUCAUGACCUUCCCGGGUACAGAUUCUGCCCAACAGACGAAGAGCUCAUCGUUUUUUACCUGAAGAAGAAAAUAUGUAACCAGCCCCUGCCAUUUAACAAGAUCGUGGAGGUUAACCUAUACGCAUAUGACCCAGAUUUUCUCGCAGAAUACUACACGGGAUAUGGAGGAGCAGAAUUGUACAUUUUCACCCCAAGACAACGAAAGUAUCCAAAUGGAAACCGGCCAAAUCGGGCUGCUGAUAAUGGAUAUUGGAAGGCCACCGGAGCUGACAGGGAAAUCAAAUCCAAAGGAACCGUAAUUGGGUAUAGGAAGACAUUGAAUUUUUUUAUGGGAAGACCUCCAAAGGGUCAUAAGACUAACUGGAUUAUGCAUGAAUAUACAGUCAAGGAUCCACCUCCAAGCAAAAGGGGCUCAAAUGGCAUGGGGUUGGAUGAUUGGGUUCUCUGUAGGAUUUACAAUAAACAGCUUAUUAAACUCACCAAUACGCAAACUGAAAUUAUACUUGAUUCAACUUCUCUGCAAGAUGAUCAUGAUGAGGGGGAUGAGCAUAUAGAUCAGAUGAAUUCAGGUUUCGAAGGUGCCGCCAUUGCUGAGGUUGAAGUACUGCAAGUUAUGGGUGCCGGGAAUAAUUUUCAGAUGCCAACCUUUCAAAAUGGGUUCCAGCCAGAAUCUGCUUGUCAUCAAUACAAUAAUAAUGCUGCUCCCAGAACAGCCAUUUUCUAUGACAAUCUCCAGUCCAACUAUGAUCAAUCCCUUCCUCCUGUUCAGGUGGUUCGACCAACUGGCUUUAAUCGCAGUUGGAUGAAUAAUAAUUCCACAGAUCAGAAUGCCCACAAGUCUGAUAAUCAGUAUGUUCCAAAUGAUGAAUCCAAUGGAUACCUAGAAGAUAUUUUGAACGCUGCUACAAAGCCGGACAUUCACAGCUUGCCAUCGGAUUUAAAUUUUUGCUACUACAGCUAUUCUUAUCCAGAUCCGUCGGUGAAUCGUCCCGGUGAUCAGGAUCCUGCUGGGUUGCCGUGAGUAUUUAAUUAUCUUUUGUUGAGGAUCCAGUUCGUUAGCUAGCUAGGAACUUAAUUACUGGAUGUUUAGGUUGAUCUAUCUAGGAACUAUAUAUAUUCUGAUCUAGCUACCUAGUUUUGGCGGUUUUUUAAAGGUUUGGCAAUUAUUAAACAUGUUAAUUAAUAAUAUGUUAUGAUUUUGAAGAUUCAUCUAA